CGUGUUAUUUGUACGCUUUCGAGUGAGAUCGGGUUGGCCACAGAGAUCAUGCUGGGGUUUGAAACCUAGUCCACGACAAAAAAAUAUGCUGAAAUAUGUCUUGGACCCCAAAAGAAAUCCAGAUGAAACAAUUAUACGAACCCAGUUUACCAAAGUGCAGCAAGUUACCUUGCAACGCAGAGACUUUUUGACUCUGGGCUUGGCACGGGAGUUGGAGGCCACAAAUGAUUUGGCAAACAAGGAUUUUGUCCUCAUACCUAUUUGGAAACCAGGACACUACAUGCUCUGUGUUUUGAAGCUGAGAGAGAGACAAAUCCUUUUCCCAGACUCAUUUCAUCUGGAAGCCUCAGUUGGCUUUGGCGAUCAACGUUACAUUCAGAUUUGCAGCGAUCUUGCACAGAGGAUUAUCCCAGGAGAAUGGACUGUGAUAUACAGCAAGGACAUCAAAGGUCUCCCAAGACAGGAAGAUGGCAAUGCCUGUGGGAUCUUCAUGUUAAUGUAUGCUCUUUACAUUGUGCUGGGGGCAGAUUUUGACUUCACAACUGGUGACAUGGACACAAUCAGGACAUGGUGGUGCCUGUUGCUCCUGUCUGGUCAUUCAGUUGUCAGGUUCGCACAGAAAAGGAAAUAUGAAGAUCCCAUCAUAAUAGCAGAUAAGGAUAAGGAGGAGGCAAAGAGGCCCAGGACAAUCCCUCCUCAACAGUCGGAACCUGUUGACCUGACCAAAGAGGGGAUUCUGGAGGGCAUCAAUGUUUCUCUAAAAUAA